GGGGGGGGAGGCGAGAAAAUAAGCGAUCUUUUCUCCUCUACUCGCUCUUUUUGGCCUCCGCGGCGCAUCUCAGAUGCGCCUGCGACCUUCUUGAUCCUCUUUGACUCCAUGCUGGCGUUUUGGGUGAUGCGCUCCGUUUGAAAGCUCUGCUUUUUUUCUCUCCUCUCCCUCUUCCUCCUCCUCCUCUCUUCUUGGUGACUGGAUGAGGGAAGGCCUUUUGCUGGAGAAAGGAUCUUCUUUUUUCUCAGACCUCCCAGAACGGAGAAGGUGGAAGGGAAGAAGCCCUCUGGAAGAUUCUGAGUUAAAAAGUAACGUGUGAAUGCCCGCAACCUGCAGGCUUGCAACUGCAGCUGUUGGGAAGGAGGUGCUGGAAGAGGAGAAGGCGUUGUCGGCUUGCCAAGAAUAUGAAUUGGACGGGCGCUUGAUGAGGCUCGCGCCGUAACACCGGUGGGGGGGGCCUUGUCCCCCUCCCAGCCUGCCCAGGAAACGUAGUUUGGAUUUGCUACAGUGGAAGGAGCCUUCUAUACACGUGGGAGGACUUGGAGGGGGGAGGAGGUUUGGUCUGUAGAAGGCUUGGGGUGCACAGGCCAAGGACACCCGCUUGGUCCUUCUUCUUAAUUUAUAAUAAUAGCAAAGGCAUCUGGAAAGGACAAUUCCUCUCCCAGCCCCCAAGUUUGGAAUUGGAUUUGAAAAACUAUGUACCCUCAAAAAAAGUUCAUGGCUCUGAGCUUUGCGUAGUUCAAGCAGAUUUGGCAGGAGGGCCAGGUUUAUCCCUGCUGCUCACCUUCCAGGUGGCAUUUGUGUAAGUGUGUGAUUCUCACAAGUAUGGAAUUGUUUUAACUCUUCAUCCUCAGUUAGCUUCCCCUUUGGUCCACCUCGCCGCAUCUGGAGCUCUUUAACCCACCCUGUCAAGUGAGAAAACUUGCCGGGGUGGGGGUUGAAAGGAGAAGAGAGAAGAAGGGCACCCACUCCACCUGCAGGCCGAUCAUGCUUCUUUGGAUUUGGGGGUUAUCCCUAAGGAACAGCUGACAAUAUGGACUGGGGCAAUCCAGAAGCAGAUACAAUCAAUUAGCAAAGAGACAUCAACGAGCCCAAGUGGACAGAGGCGCAGCAAGCACUACCUUGAGCACUAGUAGCUUUAAAAGCAACCAUGGGCUGUGCUCCUAGCAUUCACAUAUCUGACAGCAGGGUGGUUUAUCACAGUAACAAAGAGCUGGAGGACUCGAACUCGUCACAGCAACAGCAAGGCAACCCUGUCCCCAGAUUAUUCAUUAAAUCUUCCAACACUUCCACAUACAAACUGAGGACUAAUCCCUGUAAGAAAGGUGCACAGGACAACAUGGAGGGAGAGUCUCGAACCAACAGAUCCAGUGUUAAGGCAGUGGGAACAGACGUGCCCUUCGGCCCUAUGAGACUCCAUCAAGAUCAACUUCAGGUACUUUUAGUGUUUGCCAAAGAAGACAACCAGAGUAAUGGCUUUUGCUGGGCCUGUGAAAAAGCCGGAUUUCGGUGUAACAUUGCCAGGACCCCCGAAUCUGCUCUCGAAUGCUUUCUGGAUAAGCACCACGAAAUCAUCAUAAUUGAUCACAGGCAUUCGAGACACUUUGAUGCAGAAGCACUGUGCAGGUCCAUUAGAACAACAAAGCUGUCAGAAAACACUGUUAUUAUCGGUGUCGUGAGGAGGCAUGCAGAUCGUGAGGAAUCUUCAGUACUACCCUUCAUUUCUGCUGGCUUCACAAGGAGAUACGUUGAAAAUUCCAACAUCAUGGCUUGCUACAAUGAAUUAAUCCAGCUGGAGUUUGGAGAAGUGCAGGCACAAUUUAAAUUAAGGGCUUGUAAUUCAAUAUUUGCAGCACUAGAGAAAAGUCAAGAAGCCGUUGAGAUUACAAGUGAAGAUCAUGUGAUACAGUAUGUAAAUCCUGCGUUUGAGGCCAUGAUGGGCUAUCAGAAAGGUGAAUUAAUAGGAAAGGAACUAACAGAAGUGCCUACCAAUGAAAAAAAAGCUGAUUUCCUUGACACUAUUAAUUCUUGCAUCAAGAUAGAAAAGGAAUGGCAAGGAACAUACUACACCAAAAAGAAAAAUGGGGAAAGCAUACAGCAAAAUGUGAAGAUAAUACCUGUCAUUGGACAGGGAGGAAGAAUUAGACACUAUGUGUCGCUUAGUAGACCCUGCAAUGACAACAAUAAGGCUGAAAGGGUUUGCGAACGUGUCCAAGCUGAAUCCCAAACAGAUAUCCAGAGUUGCAGGCACAAGGACAGGAGGAAAGGCUCCUUAGACGUCAGAUCAACCACCUCUCGGGGCAGUGAUGGCAGUUCACAAAGAAGGCAUUCAUCUAUGGCCAGGAUACAUUCCAUGACUAUCGAAGCACCGAUUACUAAGGUAAUAAAUAUUAUCAACGCUGCACAAGAAAGUAGUCCAAUGCCGGUUGCUGAAGCGUUAGACAGAGUCCUUGAGAUCCUGCGUACCACAGAGUUAUACUCUCCACAGCUUGGGACGAAGGAUGAAGACCCACAUACAAGCGACCUUGUGGGAGGCUUGAUGACGGAUGGUCUACGAAGAUUAUCAGGGAAUGAGUAUAUCUUAUCAGCAAAACAAACCCAUCAGGUUCCAGGAAGUCUGAUCUCACCCAUCUCCCUUAACGACAUACCGCCAAGGAUAGCACAAGCAAUGGAGAACGAAGAAUGCUGGGACUUCAACAUCUUCGAACUGGAAGCAGCGACCCAUAAAAGGCCUUUAGUUUAUCUUGGUCUGAAAAUGUUUGCCCGCUUUCGGAUCUGCGAGUUCCUUAAUUGCUCAGAGUCGACUCUGCGAUCAUGGUUGCAGGUCAUUGAAGCCAAUUACCACUCAUCCAACUCCUAUCAUAACUCAACCCACUCUGCUGAUGUGCUGCACGCCACAGCCUAUUUCCUUUCUAAAGAAAGGGUAAAACAAACUCUGGAUCCCAUCGAUGAAGUUGCUGCACUAAUUGCUGCCACCGUGCACGACGUGGAUCACCCGGGGAGAACAAAUUCCUUCCUGUGCAAUGCAGGGAGUGAGCUUGCCAUUUUGUACAACGACAUUGCGGUGUUGGAGAGCCAUCAUGCGGCCUUGGCCUUCCAGAUCACCACCCGGGAUGAUAAAUGCAAUAUUUUUAAAAACAUGGAGAGGAAUGAAUACCGAACACUCCGGCAAGCCAUUAUCGACAUGGUCCUGGCCACCGAAAUGACCAAGCAUUUUGAGCAUGUCAACAAGUUUGUCAACAGCAUCAACAAGCCAUUGGCUGCCCUUGAAGAGAAUGGGGGUGCAAAUGGAGAUGGCGAUUCGGUAAAAAAUGUCCUCACGUCCCCUGAAAAUCGAAUCCUGAUCAAGCGGAUGCUAAUUAAGUGUGCUGAUGUUUCCAACCCAUGUCGGCCUCUGGAGCAGUGCAUUGAGUGGGCCGGGCGCAUCUCGGAGGAAUAUUUCGCACAGACAGAUGAGGAGAAACGACAAGGCUUGCCUGUGGUGAUGCCAGUUUUUGACAGAAAUACUUGUAGCAUUCCUAAAUCUCAAAUAUCGUUCAUCGAUUAUUUCAUCACUGACAUGUUUGAUGCUUGGGACGCAUUUGCAGACCUGCCGAAUCUGAUGCAGCAUCUGGACAACAACUUUAAGUACUGGAAGGGGUUGGAUGACAGGAAGCUACGGACUCUCCGACCGCCACCGGAAUAGUGGCCAGGCCUCUCCAUGUGUACGUCAUUCAUCUGGAAGCGCAAUCUUUCAAACUUGUACUUGAUCGUGCAUUUUCAGAUUUGUUGGGGUCUCUUCAGUAUUACAGUAGGGCUUUCCUGUACCCAUCCGUGGGCAGCUUGGACGUUCAAGAGAGCCUUAAGGUCAGCAGUGAAAUCUUGGCUUCCUGCCUUCUGGGGGACACAGCCUCGAGUAAGCCCUUCAUGUUGAUUUACACUGGAUUGCUGCAGUGCCUCUGCUAAGGGCGGGCCAUUUUUGUUCCAAUUGUCCUGUUUUUGGCACCAUCUUCACGCCAAGAACAUGAAGCUCGAAGUUUUCAUCGUGAAAGAAAAGAUGCUGGGCUACAGAUCUUCAGCUCUGCUGGUGAAGAUGAGAAUCCUGGGGAGUGGGGAUGACUCAUAACAAUUAUGAGGAUGCAUUUUAAUGAGCACUUAAAACACACACACACCAUUACAUUGAACAAUCAGAUCUUUGACGUGCAAACCCUGAACGAAGGAACGAGUGGUUUUGUUUUGUUUCAGUUUUUUGAUCUUCUGAAAACUGGACAUAGCUCUAUUUUUUCACAUCACAGAAGGUGCAAUCAUUCACUUCUGAGCACUACUGAGAGUAAGUUCUCUUUAAAAGAAAUUUAGUAGCAAACACAAACAGACAAACCCAACCUGCAAAUUUUUGAAGUUGAUCAUUAGGCAUCUCUGAUUAAAAUAUGUUUUAUUUAUUUUGUUAGAUGUUCAAUAUUUUCUAUGAAUUUAUAAAGACUUUAAAAGCCAAAGCCAACUUUAGAUGCAUUGCAGAGUUACAUGAUUCAUAUUCGUUAUGCAUUUUAUUUUCAUAAUGCAAAAAUGCCAUACAAUGAGGACACCUUUUUAUUGCACUGUAAGGAUAGAUGUGUAUGUUGGAAUAUUGUUCAAUUUUAUGUUAAUUAAAAUAAGUUUUUAUCAAAA